GCCAGUUCGGGUGAAAGAUGUAGUCAUAACCACACCCUCGGUAAUAGAGAGGGGUGUGGCAAGUGCGAGGGCGUUAUUAUUUUUUUAUUUUCUUUUUCUUCAAUAGGGAUUUUGCACAGAGGAAAAAAUUUAGUCUGCAUGUCAGGACUGAUGAGCGCAAAACGGAGCCAAAUAAUGCAGAGGAGAUGAGCAGUGUGUAAUGUGCAGUCUAAGAACCUCAGGCUUUUUAGUAAUCCCGGUUUUACAUUAAAAAUGUUCUUGCUAGGGGGAUUUUUCAGCCGCAAAUACCCAUAAUUUGGGGUUAGGUUAAUAUCACACAAAGGUGUGAUACGCUUUCUUUAUUAAUUCCCACAACUGUAAACAUGAAAAGGGUGCUAACAGUUUAGUUUCUGUCGGACUACAUUUCCCAUGAUUCCACACCGGAACUGACAAUUCUGCCAGGAAACAUGAGGAGAGUGACCCGGCGACCCUGUGAGGAUGGCCCGCUGCUGGAAGAGCAGGAGACCGAGGGCCAGCGGCAGCUGCAUGGCCUCUUGCUGCAGCAGCUCCACACUGACGUCGACAUUGAACGAUGUGUAGCCAAGAGGCAGUGCUUUGCCCCAGCGGCGCUUUAUCGGCCGUUUGGGGAGCAGGCAGCGGGAGUGAAGAGCCUCUCCCAGUUCCAGGCCCUGCAGGAUGGGGAGAAGGAACUGGCCAGCCUGCGGGAGCUGGGCCUGAAUGACACUGAGAUCCAGCUGUGGCAGAGCAGAGAUGCACCAGAGACAGCAGAGAAGUCCCAUGGUGUGUGUGCAGCUCCAGGUGCAAAGGAAGAGCGCCUGCAGGCAAUUAAAGACAAAAUCGCCGCCCGGAUGGAGCUUCUGUCCCGCCCACAACGCUUUGCGUCCAGCCGGCCGCUGUCACGCCGGGAGAUGGAGAUUGAACAAGCCCUGUUUCAUGGGAAUGACCGCCUGGGUUUCCUCACAGCACUCUAUCAUCGAGAUGAAGAUAAGAAGGAGAACCAACAGGGGGCAACCUCUGACCCACUGGACUCUAUCUAUAGAGAAGUUCUCAGGGAGCAGGAGGUGAAACAAGCUUCACAACAGAAAUCUGAGGGAGAACCGACAGGCGCACCGCACACAGCUGAAUCUGACCAAUCACAAAACUCACAGACAGACAGAAAUCAAUCGAGAGAUGCUUCUGACAGUCCGUCAGACCUGCAGGCUGGAAACAGUCGCUCAUCCAUCCAGCCAGACUCAGUUUCAGACACCUCAGAUCAGCAGCACAUUGAAAACAGACCAGAGCAUCUGCGACUGGCUCCUCUGAGACAGAUUAAUAUAAGCCAGCCAAUCAGCAGCCUGUGCGGAGCAGCAAAGGCGGGGCCAAGCAGACCACUCACUGUGACGGGGGAGAUUGAGACAAUUACAGAUGAAGAAAUCCUAAAGAACCGGGAAUCAGAAGAAGGGAUCCGGAGCAUUCCAAGGUUCCGAAACUACCAGCCGGGGAAACCCUCCAAGGUCCUGUGUGUGAAGAACUUGAGCCCACAGGCGUCAGUGGCCCAGCUGGUGGCGCUGUUCUCCAGAUUUGAGAGGAAGGACGGGCCCCCGGUGCUUUACCGGGUGCUGACUGGGAGGAUGAAGGGUCAGGCUUUCAUCACUCUGCCAGAUGCUGAAACGGCCCAGAAUGCCUUGCAGUUAGUCCACAGAUACCGGUUGCUUGGGAAACCUUUGGUGGUCGAAUUUGGCCGUGAACGACAGGAAGAGGAGAAACAGAAGGAGAAGGAAGGGCAGGAGGAGAAGAAAUAAAAAAAAAAAACACAAGAAAAAUGUUUUUUAUGUAAAUAAGACUGUUGUGAAUGGCAGACUAAAACUAAUGUCACAGUGAAUUUAUUUUCUGUGGAUAUAAAUUUGGAUUCUUUGGCUUAUUAUUAUCAGCAGCGCCUGUGUGUCAUUUAUUUUGAUAAUUAAACGUAUUUAAAUGAUCCAGAAUCUUAAAACAUCCAGUAACACAAAUCUGUUUCUCGGGAAAAGCUUUUUGGUUUUCGAGUCAGCUCAAGCAUCUGCUUCACGUCACAUGAAGAGACUUCACAUGAACUUGUUUCAUGUAUAAAAACACCCUUCAUCAUUUCACAUCAUUACUGUAUCUACUUUAGAGUUUAUCAAAUGUUGUCUUUCUAGAUUAUUUAAAGCAAUAAUUAUGUUAUGACUUGUAGCAAGAUUGUUUUGAAAUGUCUUUGCAAUUUUUUUUUUGUGAAACUAACUGAGCAAGCAGUCCUAGUCGAUGCAUGCAAUCCACAGUUUUCAGCUUAUAUACAUUUUCUUACAGCUGCUUUAUUUUCCACUGCAGUUUAACAUGCAGGGCUUCUGUGAAGGUUUCGUUAGUGUUUUAGGUGUGAGUUCACUGCUGUUCCAUAUGUGGGCACUAGAUGGAGCCAUUCAGUCAUUAAGGUUAAGAGAAGUUGGGUAUGAAGCAGCAGCUUGUUAAGAGACUUAAAACUAAAAUCAAGGUUGAAAAAAAUUAACAUUUUUGUUAACUUAAAUAAAAGUAAAAACUAGACUUUAGAAAUUGUUUUAUAAAACUAACAAAAAUAAAAGAAAUAUGCAGGAAACAAUAGUUUUAGUCUCUGUCACAGACAGCAUGUGGUAUGUUUACUUUGAGGUGCUA